AUGGAGACGUUAUUAGUGAAUAUUUCCAGUAGGGUGUUAUCAGUAAGUGAGAUCUCGGUGCUUAACAAGGGUCUGGGUUUUGUUCCUUUAUUUGACGGUGACAAAUUGGACUUGGAUAUUGAAUUGUAUGAAUUUUUUCAGGAGGGUGUUAUCAGUAAGUGAGAUCUCGGUGCUAAACAAGGGUCUGGGUUUUGUUCCUUUAUUUGACGGUGACAAAUUGGACUUGGAUAUUGAAUUGUAUGAAUUUUUUCUUUGCAGGAGACAAUUUACCCACGGAUGUACAAAUCCAAGAGCCUGAGCUUGAGGUUAAUUGCGUGGAUUUAUCCAAAUGUAAAAAUAAAAGUAAGUUCAGUCCCCCCACCACCAAUUCCACAGUUGAAACUUUUACUAAGUUAUGACAACUGGAGAUCUCCAAGACUAAUUGGUCUAGGAGGGGUUCCUCCAAUUUGACAGGAGAUGAGUGGAGGGCCGUCGGUGCCUUGAGAAGUGAUGACUCCAUCAUUAUCCGGGCUGCGGACAAGGGUGAGGCCAUUGUCGUCAUGGACAUUGACAAAUAUAAUGCUGAAGCCAUGGCACAGCUGUCUAAUCGGGUUCACUACGAGAAACUAUCAAGGGACCCAACGAAAGAGUUUCAGGACAGUAUCGGGGUUAUCACCCUUGAGGCCCUGAAUCAGGGUUUAAUCAACAAAAAGAUCUUUGAGUUUCUUAAUACCUUUUCUGUACCUGCUUCCCAAAAUCCACAAGGAUCUUUUGAAUCCCCCUGGCAGGCCCAUUGUGUCAGAUUGUGGUUCUUUGCUUACAUUGAUGCUUAUCUUCAAGUGCUGGUGGUACAGAUGAGGUCUUAUAUACGGGAUACCAGUGAUUUUUGGGGAAAAUUGGAUAACUUGGGUUCUUCCUGCAGAGAUUCUCUCCUGUGUACGAUUGACGUGUGCAGUUUGUACACGUCCAUCCCCGACAGUGGAGGUAUGGAAGCUACUGCACAGGCUUUGAGCAGACUUGAGCUGGAUUCUAAUUUGAGUGAUUUUGUUUUACAGCUGUUGGAAUUGGUGGUAUCAUGCAAUUACUUUACCCUUGGGAAUUACUUUUUUCUGCAGAUACAGGGGCAAGCAUGGCUCCUUCUUACGCCAAUUUGUACAUGGCUAAGUUUGAGGAAGAAUUUGUCUAUUCACAUCCCUUAUUCAAAUCUGUGGCGGUUUGAUUUCGUUAUACUGACGAUGCGUUCUUUCUUUGGAAUGGUUCAGAGGCUAAUCUUCUAUCUUUUAAAGCGGAUUUGGAUCUAUAUGUACCAAGCAUCAAGUUUACUUUGGAACACGAUGCCAGUAGCAUUCAUUUUUUGGAUGUUCAGGUAAAUAAAAUUGAUGAUGGAUUGUGCUUUGACCUUUUUCGAAAACCAACUGACAAAGUUGCAUUUCUGCAGGCUAACUCCUUUCACCCAGCCAGUAUGAUUCGAAGCCUUCCUUUUAGCCAAUUGUUACAUGUACGACGGAUUGUAUCCCAGGAAGCUAACUUCGAUACUCAGGCUCAAGAUUUUCGUUCCCGAGGUUAUAACGAUACCUCCUUACAGGAAACUUUGGCCAAAGCAAAAAAUCGGGAGAGGACAUCAUUACUGAGGACUAAGGGUAAGAACAAGAGAAACAAGUCCAAUCGUAUUCCAUGUGUCACUACAUAUUCGAGCAAAUCCGGUUUGGUCAAACACGUCAUCAAUAAGAACUGGCAUGUUCUCCAGAGUGACCCAGAGAUUGCUGAUUUCUUUAAGGAGAGACCACUCAUGGCAUAUAAGAGAUCGCCCUCCAGAGCCAGAAUAUCCUCUAAACCGUCCACUACGUGGUUGACACCUAUUAAGGGUAUGCACCGAUGUGGCCAUUGUGCCAACUGCAAUAAUGUGAUCACGGGUUCAGAGUUUACACAUCCCAGAACAGGGAAAGCAUUUGCCAUCAAGGAGUUGUUAAUCACAAACAGACACAGGUAA